AGCUCUCUUCCGAUCCUAAGUUUUCCGAAGCAUAGUGAUAAUCGAGAGCAGAUUUAGCCAAAUCAGUGGGGUCGAUUGACCCAUAGUAGUUUUACGUUGACGCCUCGACAAGGUUACUAUACUUCACCAGACUGACAGUGAAGGAUUUAGAGAGGUCGAGAGUCAGGAACAACUUGCGGAGGAGGAAGUUGUAAUUUAAAGCCGCCUCAUAUUCAUUAUAUUCUGAUAUAUAUUGAAUAGCCCUACAAGCUUUAAUUGGUUCAUCAUUCCGAAUAAUCACACAACUAUUUUCACCAGUAUUUAUCAAAAGUAAGAGCCAUGUCGUUGGAUUCUGGCAGUUGUUGACGUCACACUGAAGAUAUUUUGAGUUAAUUAAAGUUCUACGAGUCAUAAGACGUCAGGUGUCAGGAUGGCAAAGCAUAACCAUGAAAGUGGUCGACUUCUUUCAAUAUUCGUCUGGACAUUUGUGUUACUUCAUAUGUUCAUAGGAACCCUUGGAGGGGUUCCCUAUCCGCCGGAGGACCGGGAGCUCUGCCAGCAGAACGAGGUGGAUGCUUGCAGAAGAUUAGGCUUCCGCAACAUCUCUAUGAGCAACAUAUUCGGCUGGACGGCAGCUCAGGUCGAGAUCGUAGAGGAGGUUGAACGCCUGAUGCCUCUGGUGGAAACAGGGUGUUCCCGGGACCUCCUUGCCCUCAUCUGUGGGGCCUACCUACCAGCAUGCGACUAUCAAACAGGGGAGAGAAUGCCCCCCUGCAAGGACACAUGCAGGAAGAUCAUCAACCAGAAGUGCAAGGGUCAGAUGAAGCGCAUGGGCUUCAAGUCAGAGGAAGUCUUCGGAUGCAGAAACUACCCUUCCAGGAGAGAGGAAAAGAAAUGCCUGACUGAUUUCAGCACCUACAGAGAACAAGAGACCACCACUUCAACUACCUUCACCACCACCAACACCACCACCAACACCACCACCAAUACCACCACACCCGUCAUGAACACAACCAGCACCGAAGCCACACCCAGGCCGGAGGAACCAUACGUCCCUUCCGUCAUCUUCACCGUGGAGCGAUCCGCGUCGAACGAUGGCUGGGUGCUGGUCAAGGACCCGAAACCCAACCUCAGUCCAGAGGUCACAGGCUUUGACGUCAUCUACUAUAACGACCGGGGAGACGACGGCGGUGAGGGCGUGAUUGCUGGUGAGGAUCAGCUCCAUCUUGAUUUGACCUCAGAUGCGGCUUACACGGUUCUGACCCGAGCCUUCAACCAGACGGAUGUUGGUGCUUUUGAAGAUGCCCGCAUGGAACCUUAUAUUCACCCUCAUUGUGAAGAGAUUACGUAUUCUACACUUCGCAGUCUGUGUAGCAAUGUGAAUUACCGCCACGUGCAGUAUUCCAGCGGGUCAGGCUUUUCAUCUCAGGCGGCUGCGGCCAGCAUCAUCGCACCAGUGGAGAAGAUACUGAGGAACCGGGAUACAGAGUGCGCUGAGUAUAUGAAGCAAUUCUUAUGCACGGUGUACGCGCCGCCUUGCACCAGAUUGGGGCCUGAAGUAGAACCAUUGCUGCCUUGUCGUGAGCUGUGUCAGCGGGUCGUGGAUUCAUGUAACGCCGACCCAAUUGCGGGGUUUUACAGUGAGAUUCGUCUGUUGAGUUGCAAUGACUACCCGUCCAUAUACGAUGAGAGUGCGAUGUGUUACAGUAACGAAGGGCAGAUCUCGCUUUGGCCUCUCAUUGGCGGACGGGGUCAGGUGAUCACAGAUGAAGGGUCAAAGGUCAACGCAUUCUGCUCAGCCAGUUGUACGAACUGCAGUCGGCCGCAGUGGUUCGACCCCAACGGAAUAGAAAUCGCAGCUGAGGGGAAGGAGAACAGCAUCAAAGAGGUAUACAGCACCGAUGUCGGUACAUUCACCUCCAUGCUGACUAUUACGUCAUUGAAUUCAUCAUGGGUUGGCGAAUACAUCUGCUUGUUUAAGAAUAUGGAGAAAACAAUGUUCAUCAAGUUAAAUGGAACACAAUACGUUUCGCAGACGACACCGUCAACGCCGUCUGAAGGCAAUUCGACGUCAAAUCAGUCAACGACUGCAAACGUAACGAUGACUUCCAACUUCACAAUGAAUUCCAACGUCACAAUGACGUACAACUCCACGAUGACGUACGACGUCACACUGCCUCCAACACAAAACGUCACAAUGAUUUACAAUGCAACGAUGCAGCCUACACAAAGCUCCAUAAAUGUUACGUUAGGUAACGUCACAAUGAUGAUGAAUUACACCGUGGAAUCAGGAGCGAUAGAUUCGAACGUUACCACAUCCGCGAACCUGGACCACAACACCACCAGAUCCAACGUAACCACACUAUCAGGGAAUGGGACCGCGCCCUCUACUAUUUGCCCCGCAAACGGAACCGUUUUGGCGCGCUCCUACGUCAUCAAUGAUCGGGGUAUGACGUCAUUCUUUAGGGGUUGGACCGACGUUCAGCGACAGGGGGCGCCAAAUGACUUUUGCAGGAUAGUAAGGGCUGAUGGCAAGCCGUUCAUGUCUUGUCUUCUCGCUGGUUCGAUGGAAGAUGACUUACUAGCGUAUACCUCACCCAACGCCUCUAAGGAAUGGUUUGACCCGGGCUACUCCAAUACUUGGUACAUGAAGGACGAGAACGGAGAUGGACGAGACGACUAUUGCAGAUGCGUCGGAAGCGUACCGGAUACAUCGGUUGUGUGUAUGAAGGCUGGACCAGCCGGAUUCGAGGGUCAGGAGAGUGAUUUUACACCGGAAGGUUCACCGAUGGAUUGCUUUCACCUCACCGCUGACCCUUUCUUUGGAUUUCCGUAACCUGUGGAGUAAAUUCCAAUAACUUUGACAUACUUUUUAAAUCAAAUAUUAUUAGCAGCAAACAUCAAAUAGGCACGGGGAGUCUGAAGGAAGUAUUACCUCAUGAGCCGCUCAUUACAUUGGCUUGCAGGCCGAUCCGUUUGUGGUCUGAAGGCCGGUUGAUCGGAAAAUACACUUUGCCCAAAAAGUUGGAAUACAUUUAAGUUUAUAGAAGCCUACCUCUUUUCAUGUAGUGAUUGUGAUAAUAUUUUAUUCCUGAUCGCUGUGAUAAAUAAAACACACGUAUGUUUGGGCGGGGAGCGUGACGUCAAACGGGGUAUAUCCAGGAGGUGUUUCAUCAAGACCCUAAGGCGAACUGAACUCUAAGUUGGACGUUAAAAUCAUGGAGAGCCAUUUGUAGGCUUAAAAUAGAAUAUACUCAAAAGUGACAAUUCAAUUAUUUUAGACUUUUUAUACAUUCCACAUCAAGAACAUAACAU